GGCGUCGCCGCGCCGUCUGAGCCCGAGCCGAACCGGCGUCUGUAGUCUCUGCCGCAGAACUGCGAAGGAGUUUGAGGUGGUCAAAGGGGAGACACAUGCUCCGUUCCCCGGCUGCGAUGAGCACCCCGGCCGUGCCCCAAGACCUGCAGCUGCCCCCGAGUCAAAGGGCCCAGCCCGCGUUCGAAGAGCAAAGAAGACAAAAACUCAAGGAACAUCUGUUAAGAAGAAAAACAUUGUUUGCAUACAAACAGGAAAAUCAGAUACCUCGUAGUAGAAGCCACAGAGUAGCAACUUCUGAGGAUCAAGUCCAAGAAGGGACAAAAGUUCUGAAAUCUAAAACAAAAAUGGCUGAUAAAGAAAAUGUCAAUAGACCUCCAGGAAGCAAAAAUAAUACAAUGGUGGAAAAAAAUUGUAUUCCUUUAAAACCUUCUAAUGAAUUAGCUAAUUCAACUAUAGUAAUUGACACAGAUAAAUGUGAGGAUAAUAAUAAAACUCUGCAAUUGUUACCAAAUGAAGAUGAUCCCCAGAGUCAACAUAUGACAUUAAGCCAGGCAUUUCACCUUAAAAACAACAGUAAAAAGAAACAGACGACUACAGAAAAAUCAAAGCAAGAUGCUAACAUGCCCAAGAAACCUGUGCUUGGAUCUUAUCGUGGCCAAAUUGUUCAGUCUAAGAUUAAUUCAUUUAGAAAACCUCUACAAGUCAAAGAUGAGAGUUCUGCAGAAACAAAGAAACUUUCAACUACUAUCCUUAAAGCCACCAAGCCUGAGCCUAUAAACACCAGCAGUAUAAAAGUGAAAAGUGACAGACCCUCAAAUAUUACUGCUAUCACUAAAUUUGUGCAUACUACAUCUCAGAACACACAACUUAGGCGACCUCCUAUUAGAAGUCACCAUGAUAAUACCCAGAACUCCAUGAAACAAGGCAUCAGUAGACCCUCUAGCAACAUUACGAUCUGGAAAGGGCCUCGUGAAAAAGAAUUAUUACAGUCAAAACCAAUUUUAUAUAGUGUCAAAACCAAUUCUUCUCAGGACAUAAAAAGAAAUAAGGUACUAUCAAGAAGCAUGGCAUCUGAAAUUGUAGACAGGCCUACUUUAUCUUCUAAUACCAAACUGACAGAAAAGUCAAAACUCACUGACCAGCGAAGACAUACCAUAGCAAAAGCAACUGUUAAUAACAGAUCAGCUCAGCCCAAAGAAACCUCAGAACAGAGAAAAGUUCUUCUUAGUGAGUGGAGAGCUGGCAAAGGAAGAGUGCUGAAAAGGCCCCCUAACUCAGUGGUUACCCAGCGUGAGCCUGAAGGACAAAAUGAAAAACCAGUUGGGUCCUUCUGGACUACCAUGGCAGAAGAAGAUGAACAAAGAUUAUUUACUGAUAAAGUGAAUAACACAUUUUCUGAAUGCCUAAACCUGAUUAAUAAGGGAUGCCCAAAAGAAGAAAUACUGGUUACACUGAAUGACCUGAUUAAAAAUAUUCCAGAUGCCACAAAACUUGUUAAAUAUUGGAUAUGUCUUGCACGUACUGAACCAAUCACAAGUCCUAUUGAAAAUAUUAUUGCAAUCUAUGAGAAGGCCAUUCUGGCAGGGGCUCAGCCUAUUGAAGAGAUGCGACAGACAAUUGUAGAUAUUCUAACAAUGAAGAGUCAAGAAAAAGUUAAUUUUGGCAAAAAUAUUGAGGCUUGUGCAACCAAGGAAGAAGUCCAAGAAAUCAAGUGUGAAGAUACAGGUGUUAAUUUAGAGCCAAGAAAACCAGAAACAGAGAAUAAACAUCAUAGAAAUGUGCUAUUUCAAGAUUGUGAAAAAGAGCCAACCAAUGAUGUUAAAACCCCCAAUACAGAAACCAGGGGAAGUUGCUUAAUUAAAUAUAAUGUAUCUACUACACCAUACUUGCAAAGUGUAAAAAAGAAGGUGCAAUAUGACGAAACAAAUUCAACAUUUAAAGAGCUGAAGUUCUUAACACCAGUGAGACGUUCUCGACGUCUUCAAGAAAAAACUUCUCAAUUGCCAGAUAUGUUAAAAGACCAUUAUCCUUGUGUGUCUUCAUUGGAACAGUUAACAGAGUUGGGAAGUGAAACUGAUGCUUUUGUUUGCCGCCCUAAUGUAGCACUGUGCCGGAUGUACUCCGAGACUGAAACAACAGAAGAGAAAUAAAGCUCUGAUAAGGAAUGGGGUUUUUAUUAUUCCUGGGGUG